AUCGGGAGUUUUAAAAUUAUGUUACUUAGGUUGAUGUAACGGUGUGUCAAUCGACUAAGGGGUUUGGGUGCGUACACUGAACUCGUAAAAUGGAUGCACUCAUAACAAGCGUACAGGAAAGACAUUCCAAAAAUGAAAGACACACCGAUAAAACAAAAUAUAUGUUUAUGUUUAGGUUCCACGUGCUUGACGUUUGACCGUUUCCCUUGUGCGUGAGAAAAGGGGGAGGUGAAGAACCGUCUGAGAAGACACACAUCCAGCGCUGAGCGCAAGCUAGAUAGGGCUCUCCUUCGCUCCUCUCACACACGACCAGUUUACGCCAUUCAUUCUGCGCUCCCUUGCUCCGGCACACGCUGCAUUCCUACGGUAGUUUUUGGAUAGCGAGCGGCGAUGUUUCUCUGCAGAGCGGCUUGGCAAAGAUAUGGGCCUUUGGCAAGGAAGGUAGCCCAACAGUUAUCUAGAGAUGUGUUGCCACGACGACAAAUGUCAUCAGUCCCCGGUGGUACUGGUGAUAACAUCGUCUACGCCCUGCUGUGUGGCGGGGCCUUCGCUGGAGCCAUCGCAUACACAUACAGCACUGUGACCACAGACCACGCCAGAUUCAAUGACCGUGUAGCGGAUAUCAACGCUCGUCCCAAGACUGUGUGGUCGCCCAAACCAUGGCCUCCCAAGAGCAGGGAUGAGGAAGAGGACGGUGAGUGCCUAUGUGUGGCUCUACUGGCUAAUGUCUUUCAUUUUUAUAAUAACUCACAGCCUGUGAGGAAGCAGCAGCCUGGGGAGGAGGAGGAGGAGGCGGCUGAGGAGGGAGGAGAGGAGGAGGAGGCAGCAGCAGAAGAGGCUGGAGAGGAGGCUGCAGUUGAGGAGGCUGUAGCGGCGGAAAACGGAGCAGAACCCGCGGAAGAGGCCUCAGUCGAGGCCGAGGCAGUCUCUGAAGAACCGGCUGUGGAGGCAGCGGCAGUAGAGGCAGAAGCAGCGGCCGAGGCAGUCUCUGAAGAACCAGCUGUGGAGGCAGCGGCAGUAGAGGCAGAGGUGGCACCAGCAGAAGUGGAGACUGUGGUGGAGGAGAUUAUAGAGGCUGUUGCUGAGGUCGCAGAAGAGGUCAUCGAGGUGGCAAAUGAAGUGGAGGCAGCAGCAGAGGAAGUGGCCGUGGAAGAGGCUGCUGAGGAGGCAGUUGCCGUGGAAGAGCCGGAGGAGGAGAUCAACGUGGAACCAGUCAUUCUGGCAGCAGCCUCUGCUUUGGAGGUGACGACAGUCGCUGAAGUGGUCAAAGAAGUGGUUGUGCCUAUUGUAGAAGAAGUCGAGGAGGCCGCCCCAGUGGAGUCCCCAGCCGCCCCAGUGGAGGAGUCCCCAGCCGCCCCAGUGGAGGAGUCCCCAGCCGCCCCAGUGGAGGAGUCCCCAGCCGCCCCAGUGGAGGAGUCCCCAGCCGCCCCAGUGGAGGAGUCCCCAGCCGCAGUGGAGGAGUCCCCAGCCGCAGUGGAGGAGUCCCCAGCCGCAGUGGAGGAGUCCCCAGCCGCAGUGGAGGAGUCCCCAGCCGCAGUGGAGGAGUCCCCAGCCGCAGUGGAGGAGUCCCCAGCCGCAGUGGAGGAGUCCCCAGCCGCAGUGGAGGAGUCCCCAGCCCCAGUGGAGGAGUCCCCAGCCCCAGUGGAGGAGUCCCCAGCCCCAGUGGAGGAGUCCCCAGCCCCAGUGGAGGAGUCCCCAGCCCCAGUGGAGGAGUCCCCAGCCCCAGUGGAGGAGUCCCCAGCCCCAGUGGAGGAGUCCCCAGCCCCAGUGGAGGAGUCCCCAGCCCCAGUGGAGGAGGCCCCAGCCGCAGUGGAGGAGGCCCCAGCUUCUCAACUUGAGGCUGCACCUGUAGAAGAGGCCCCGGCUGCAGUGGAGGAGGCCCCGGCUGCAGUGGAGGAGGCCCCGGCUGCAGUGGAGGAGGCCCCGGCUGCAGUGGAGGAGGCCCCGGCUGCCCCACUUGAGGCUGAAGUGAAGGAGGCUGCAGUGGAGGAGGCUGCAGUGGAGGAGGCCCCAGCUGCCCCAUUUGAGCCCACACCCGUAGAAGAGGCCGCAACCAUAGAAGAGGCCCCAGCUGCGGUGGAGGAGGCCCCAGCUGCGGUGGAGGAGGCCCCAGCUGCCCCACCCGUAGAAGAGACCCCACCUGAGGUGGAGGAGGCUGCAGUGGAGGAGGCCCCAGCUGCGAUGGAAGAGACCCCAACUGCAGUGGAGGCUGCCCCAGUUGUGGUGGUGGCACCUGUGGAGGCGCCCAAGAAGGAGUACAUUGUAGUGGUGCUGGAGGGAGCAGCCAAGACUGAUAAGAGGCCCAAAGUCCUGGGGGUCGGCCCCAUGACCGGCAGGAUCAUCCCAUCUCCAGACGAUGAUGAGGCCCCUGCUGCUGAGGUAAAAGUAAGCACUUGGAGCCCCUGGAUGAUAUACAGUUUCUCUACCCUGAGGGAGAAGAGGGGAUGUGCCUUCCCCAACCCCCCUUUCAUUGACCUCUCCACACACUUUGACCCUUGAUAUUGAAUAUUGAUCUGUAGUAUAAAACUUGUCUUCUCGUCUUGGUCUAGGGAAUUAUCUGUGUAUACAGUGCCUUGCGAAAGUAUUCGGCCCCCUUGAACUUUGCGACCUUUUGCCACAUUUCAGGCUUCAAACAUAAAGAUAAACACGCCCAAUUUUUCAGUUUUUGAUUUGUUAAAAAAGUUUGAAAUAUCCAAUAAAUGUUGUUCCACUUCAUGAUUGUGUCCCACUUGUUGUUGAUUCUUCACAAAAAAAAUACAGUUUUAUAUCUUUGUUUGAAGCCUGAAAUGUGGCAAAAGGUCGCAAAGUUCAAGGGGGCCGAAUACUUUCGCAAGGCACUGUAUAUUCAGAUAAUGCCUGCUUUAUUGAAAAAUACAUGAUCUGGUAGGUUUUUCUAGAUGUACAACACCCCUCAAAUUCCCCUCCCCCAAAAAAAGUCCCCCUCCGUCACACCGGGCAAGCUAAAUUAUAAUAAUCUGUGAAUAUUUGGCCAUGAAAACAUUCCUGGUUGACGUCAGGAGAAUGUAACUGUUUGCCAAAGUUACACAAGUUUGCCAAAAUACCUUAGACUAACUAUUGGACUGAAAUAGUUAUAUAUUAACUUAAUUUUGUAGCUCUCCAUUAGAAGCUGGCAGGAACUGGGCCCAGCAGAAUUUGACCCAAUGUGAUUGGUUGACGAUAUGACACACUGGCUCGCUAGCCUAUACCCUACGUUUUGUCGGGUUGGAAUGCAAUCAAUGUCAAUUCUGAUCAAAUGAAUGGGAACUCUAAAUUGAAAUACGCAGUGGUGGAAAAAGUACUACAUUUUCAUACUUGAGUAAAAGUAAAGAUGCCUUAAUAGAAAAUUACUCAAGUUAAAGUGAAAGUCACCCAGUAAAAUACUACUUGAGUAAAAACGUAUUAAAGGUUUUAAAUAUAUUUAAGUAUCAAAUAUGCUGAAACAUAUCAAAAGUAAAAGUAUAAAUUUCAAAUUCCUUAUUAAGCAAAUCGGUCAACACCAUUUUCGUGAUAUCCAAUUGGUAGUUAGUCUUUCCCAUCGCUGGAACUCCCGUACGGACUCGGGAGAGGCAAAGGUCGAGAGCCAUGCGUCCUCUGAAACAAGACCCUGCCAAGCCGCACUGCUUCUUGAUACACUGCUCGCUUAAUCCGAAAGCCAGCCACACCAAUGUGUCGGAGGAAACAACUGGUGGCGGAAGUCAGCUUGCAGGCACCCGGCCCGCCACAAGGACUUGCUAGAGCACGAUGGGACAAGGACAUCCCAGCCGGGCCAAACCCUCCACAAUUUAAAUAAAAUAUAAUAAAUAUUAUGGAUAGCCAAGAGCACACUCUAACACCGACAUAAUUUACAAACAACGCAUUUGUGUUUAGUGAGUCCACCAGAUCUGAGGCAGUAGGGAUGACCAGGGAUGUUCUUUUGAUAAGUGCUUGAAUUGGACCAUUUUCCUGCCCUAAGCAUUCAAAAUGAAACACGUACUUUUGGGUGUCAGGGAAAAUGUAUGGUGUAUAAAGUACAAAAAAUAUACUUAAGUAGUACUUUAAAGUAUUUUUUACUUUACACCACUAGAAAAACGGAAGAAAUGUACAUUUUUUUGUGACUAAGUCAGGACACCUGAAAAGUGGCUGAAAAACAGGACUGUCCUGUGAAAAAACGGGACAUAUGGUCACCCUAACACAAAGGGUCAACCUACUAGACCACAAUGUUAAUCACAAUGAACUUUGAACACCGGUAGGCUUACACAUGUACACAUACAGGCUUCAGAUAAAUACAUCUGAUCGAAUAUCAACUUCAAUAGGGUAAAAUAACAAUAGACUACAUCACCAAUACACAAAUGAUCAUUAUAUUCUCCUUUUAGGGGCGCUCCCCUGUAAAUUGCACCGUGGUCAUGCCCUUGACUAUCCUCCCCAUGCCCUAGUUUACUUCACCUAAGAAACUUCACAAUGGUGUUUCGUAAUUCAUCAUCAUCCAAUGCAAUACUACAUCUGAUGCUUAGCCACCAAAAGUCAACCACUAAUUGCUUCAGGACUGGGCAGGACAAGGUGGGGUUUUGGUGUGUCCAGCAUUCUUUAACUAUCCUCAGGUUUUUCCUCGUUGAGCCGAUUCCAAUGUGAACAGAAGUAUUUAACUCUCAAAGAAGUAUUUAACUCUCAAAGACAUAGUGAUCGGAGACUCUAUAUCUGAAUCACUGGCUUGUUUUUGGGAGACGAGACAGAGUAGACUACCUCGGCAUUCCUCCUCUUUUCCCCCAGCUGGUGAUCCACAGACCUUUUAUUAAUGCAGUCGGAGUAUUAAAGUUGAACCAACCUUCUCAGUUGCAAGACAGACAUGGGAUUAUUUUUUGGGAAAUGAGCAUGAUGAGAGUCUGUCAGGUUUUUACAUUCAGUGAUGUCGCUUAAGGUAGACUAGCAUAUUUCAUGAUAUCGCUAUUCAGCAAUAUUUCACAAGGCAGACAUUUUUGUCUCUUUACUUUCUCCCACACCCUCUGUUGUAGAGUUGUUCUCUGUUUCCACACCAUGGCUAUAGAAUACACAGCUGUUGGAUAGACAAUCCAUUUGUGAAGCUGUAUCUGAAAUAGAAAAAAGCCAUUUGUUUGAGUCUAUAAAUGUGGUUUCCGAGUCUGGUAUAAACAGUCGUGUGUUGUUAUCAUAUGAAAGUUGCAUUUUUACUCAAGUCAGGCUUGUGUGGUUGCAUAAGUUAAUGCGAUGCCUCAGUAAAGUGUGUUGCUAUGGUUUUGUCUGCUUUUCAAAUGAUAUGACUUAUUAGUUUGUGUUAGAUUCAUGAAUAAAUGUUCAACUUUGUCAAAACCAGUUCAAAUAAUCGGUGGGCCAAUACAAGGCUCUCACUGUACUUCUACAGAUUUGUUGUAGAACUAGUUCUUCUCACUUUCCUUCCCUCACUUUAUAUAUUGGAGUUCUUGCUAUGUUUAGGCAUAUUUGAAAAGGGACUGAGACCAUUCAUAAGUGAAUGUAAGCUUAUUCCUAAUUAAGGAGUGGGAUAAUUCAAUUUGUCUGUCCUAAUGUUUGCAGGCACUUUUUGUAUGGGAUAUAUAUGGUACCAGUCAAACGUUUGGACACACCUACUCAUUCCAGAGUUUUUCUUUAUUUGUACAUAUAUUUUUUUACAUUGUAGGAUAAUAGUAAUAGAAGACAUCAACUGUGAAAUAAAACAUGGAAUUAUGUAGUAACCAAAAAAGUGUUAAACAAAUCAAAAUAUUUUAUAUUUGAGAAUCUUCAAAGUAGCCACCCUUUGCCUUGACAGCUUUGCACACUCUUGGCAUUCUCUCGACCAGCUUCAUGAGGUAGUCACCUGGAAUGCAUUUCAAUUAACAGGUGUGCCUUGUUAAAGUUAAUUUGUGGAUUUUCUUUCCUUCUUAAUGCAUUUGAGCCAAUCAGUUGUGUUGUGACAAGGUAGGAUAGGUAUACAGAAGAUAGCACUAUUUGGUAAAAGACCAAGUCCACAUUAUAGAAAGAACAGCUAAAAUAAGCAAAAAUAAAUGAUAGUCCAUCAUUAUUUUAAGACAGGAAGGUCUGUCAAUUCGUAAAAUGUUAAGGACUUUGAACGUUUCUUCAAGUGCAGUAUGAUGAAACUGGCUCUCAUGAGGACCGCCACAGGAAAGGAAGACCCAGAGUUACCUCUGCUGCAGAGGAUAAGUAAUUUACCCUUCCUCAGAAAUCGGCAUUUAUCUGCACCCCAGAAAUGGCAGUCCAAAUAAAAUGAAAUGGCAGCUCUUCUUCACAGAGUUCAAGUAACAGACACAUGUCAACAUCAACUGUUCAGAGGAUACUGCGUGAAUCAGGCCUUCAUUAGACUGGUGGAAAUCUGUCCCUUGGUCUGAUGAGUCCAAAUGUUAGAUUUUUGGUUCCUACUGCCGUGUCUUUGUGAGAUGCAGAGUAGGUGAACGAAUGAUCUCCGCAUGUGUGGUUCCCACUGCGAAGCAUGGAUGAGGAAGUGUGGGGGUGCUUUGCUGGUGAAACUGAUUUAUUUAGAAUUCAAGGCACACUUAACCAGCAUGGCUACCACAGCAUUCUGCAGUGAUACGCCAUCCCAUCUGGUUUGCGCUGAGUGGGACUAUCAUUUGUUUUUCAACAGGACAAUGACCCAACACACCUCCAGGCUGUGUAAGGGAUAUUUGACCAAGAAGGAGAGUGAUGGAGUGCUGCAUCAGAUGACCUGACCUCCACAAUCACCCAACCUCAACCCAAUUGAAAUGGUUUGGGAGGAGUUGGACUGCAGAGUGAAGGAUAAGCAGCCAACAAGUGGUCAGCACAUUUGGGAACUCCUUCAAGACUGUUGGAAAAGCAUUCCAGGUGACUACCUCAUGAAGCUGGUUGAGAGAAUGCCAAGUGUGUGCGGAGCUGUCAUCAAGGCAAAGGGUGGCUACUUUGAAGAAUCUCAAAUAUAAAACAUAUUUUGAUUUGUUUAACACUUUCUUGGUUACUACAUGAUUCCAUAUGUGUUAUUUCAUAUUUGAUGUCUUCACUAUUAUUCUACAAUGUAGGAAAUAGUAAAAAUAAAGAAAAACCCUUGAAUAUGUAUGUGUCCAAACUUUUGACCGGUACUGUAUAUAGGGGCUUGUUCUGUCAUGUGAGUGGAUGGCUUGCCACUGUGCAAUGGCCUAGCAUGGGCCAGAAACUGACUGUGAAACAACAUUGCUGUUUUUCUGAAAUAAAGAGGGAAUCAAAAAGGAA